AUGAAUUAAUAGGUUUAGACAAAGGUUGCUUCACAAUUAUAGUUUAUUGUCCCAUAAAAGGCUCAAUUAAUUUUUGAUGUAAAUCAAGCAUACCAGGCUUAUUCUUUACCAAAAAUUCAAUAUCGAUAAUAAUUACCAGAAUUACCUGAUCUUCCAUCAAAAUCAAUGAAGCAAUUUGAUGAAAAAUAAGAGCAAUCGAAAUAAAAGAACGAUAAUUAAAUUUUUAAGGAAUGGAAUGUAAAUUACUAAGAAGAUAUAUUGUAAAUGAUCUUUAAUAAUUUAAGAAAGAGAUUAGCAAAUAAUAAAUAACUGAAAGCUUAAUAAAAUACAGAUUUAUUAGAUAAUUUACGAUCUAUUUCAAAAGAGCCUCCUAAAAAGAAAACUCGUAUGCAUAAGACUAAAUUCAAAAUUGUAAAAAACGAAAAAAACCAUCCAAUUGUUGAGUAAACCAUGUGCUAAUAUAUUUCUUAAAAGUGUUAUUUCAAUAUUAACUUAGCAUUUAAACAUAAGUUCCAGGAAGUGCAAACAAUCAAGAUUACGAUGCUAGUGCUCCGUUUUUUAUUCCAACAUUGGAAUUUGCAGAAUAAUUGAAUGAAGAAAAAUAAACAUUUAAAAAAGUAAUAAAUUAAUAUAAGCUUAAGAAAUACGGAUUCGAUGAUGUGACUUUAAGGAAAAAUAAAUUAAUAUUGGAAGAAGUCAUUUUAUUGAGAUUACAAAAGAAAGAAAAAAUAAGACAGAAAAAUUAGAUAAUAAAUUAAGUUAAGAAAGAAAAUGAGUUCAAUUAAUAGCAAAAGAAUAAAAUUAAUAUAUAAUAUUGA